AUGCUUGCAAGAAGCGCACUAUGCCCGGCUAGGGCAUUUGCCAACCGCCACCCUCCCGCCAUCCUCGCGCCGUGCUCGGCCGCCGCGGCUUCCUUCUCCACAUGCACACGACCCAGCAAGCUCCAGCCGCAGUCGCAAACACCCUUCUUCGCCGCACGAAGCCCCGUUCCUAGCAGACUUGCCGUACGGAGCGCAUCCACCGCCCCGGCUACACCAGCUGCCAAGCCUGCCGCCGGCGCUCCAGCACUCACAUGGAACGACUUCUUCGCUCUGCGCCGAACGCGCCGGAGGAUCGGACAGGCCUGUUCAGGUGCCAGCGCAGUCGGAGUGACGUACUACGGAUUGACAUUCAUGAUCGGCAACGGCUACGACGCUGUGCUGUCAGAGCAGCUGGGCGGCUUUGACCCAAUGAUGCUGAUGGGACUGAGCACCCUGGGCAUGUUGGCCGCUGGAUGGCUCAUUGGCCCUAUCUUCGGCAACCAGGUCUUCAAUCUGGCGUACAGGGGCGUUCUCACCGAGUUCACAAGGAAAGACUCGGCCUUCUUCAACCGCAUCAAGCGUCACCGCGUCGAUCCCUCCGUCUCUUCCCUCGCAAACCCCCCGCCAGACUACUACGGCGAGAAGAUUGGCAGCGUGGCCGGCUACAGGCGAUGGCUGAAGGACCAGCGCGCCUUCAACCUGAAAACGGGCAGACACCAGCGCGGACAGAUCUAG